GUUUCACCCAACCAGGUAGGUUAUAAUAACCAUGGGUUGCUGGAACAUCAUAAAUGCACUGUGUCUGGGAAGAGGACAUUUGGAAAGGUAUGCCAAAGCAGUUUGAUACACACCAGAAGACCUAUACCAGAUUUAAAGGUGGCGUUUCAAUCUCCUGCUUCUCACUCUUCAUUUUUUUCUGCGCUUGUGGGGAAUUUUUCUGAAAUUGCGCUUGAAAGUGCGCUUUUGGCUGUUAUUUGUGGUGCCAACUGAACGUUGAAAAGUGGAGAUGAAUUCUAGCGCUUUCAAUCAAACGGAGAGCUCAGGACUUUUCAAUAAGACUGAAGAUAUUUUUUGUUGUAACUUUUCAUCAGUGGUGACUGAUAAUGGUUUCGUGGCGCCGACUCCGGAUGAGAGAAGUCUCUUUCUCAUGAGAGUUGUCCAGAUUGCCGUUAUGUGCGUGUUAUCGCUCACGGUGGUUUUCGGUAUAUUCUUUUUGGGCUGCAACCUUCUCAUUAAGUCAGAGGGAAUGAUCAACUUUUUGGUGACGGACAGAAGACCAUCCAAAGAGGUAGAAACAGUCAUUGUUGGGGCAUAUUAGUAGCCCAAAAAGCGCUUUUGGAGACUUUGUCAAAAUUAUUUGUCCUACCACUGAUGCCCAGAUGAUUAAUCCAGUUUUCACCAACAGCAGAGACGGAGCUCAAUUUUCACAUAAAAUCCAGUCUCCAUUGUUCUUUUCUUGUCAGUUGACGAAAAUGUAGGAUCCAGCAGGUGACUGAACAGUCAGGACAAAUUAGGGGUAGGGCUAAACAUUUUAAGGACACACAUCUCCAAGAAGUAUAUAGCCAAAAUCAUCUUUCACUUUUUGUUAAAGACAAACAAACAAUGUCAAUUGAAUUGUACUAUCAUUUGAAUUGGACCCACUAGAUUGUUAUAGCCUAUUUGUCAAAGUGACAAUCGUUUUUUACUUCUAACACUGUCUCGUAUUGCUAAAGCAAUGGGGAUGAAUUAAUGUUUUUGAAAAAUACCUAUGUGUUUUUGCAUACAAUAUGCAAGUCAGUAUAAUGAUUUAGUCAAUGUGUCUAAUGGGUUUCCUAUUGAACAUUUGUAAAUGGCGAGUGGUUAAAUGCAUGAAAGGUGGAUAUAUAAUAAAACAACAGUAGUUUAUCUUUGUUUAUUGAAAUAAAUUAAUCAUGUAAUUAUGUUGACGUUUUCAGUUUGAGCGAUUCUGAUUUUCCAUCAAUCUGCUCUGUGUUCAUUUCAAACAAUCAUGGCCACAGUAUGACUAUUUCAGUUGUAUUGAGAUCAUUCUGAUUACAAAACCCUUCAAAUGAUAACAUUUUAUACUGUAUCAAUAUAUUAAACAUGUACUGUUUAUUAUUUUAAUAUCACCACAUUUAUUUUUGCAGUAUAUUCUAUUGAAAGUGUGGAAAUGUCAUAAUUAACAGGGCACAUUGAGAGAAAACGUGUGACAUUAGCACCUUGUUGGAGAUUGACUCUUGGAGCCCCCAAUGGUGAACCACUGAAACCUAUGUGAUUGAGCAAGUUUGCUUUUUCCAGGAUUGAUGUGUGACGUCCUAGUCCCAUUGAUCAGUCUGGGGUUUAAUGGAAACCUGCCUGACAGUGUUCGUACCAUAUCAGAUGCUCAGAAAACAUAUACACUCUAAAUGAUGGGUUAAAAAAACAACCCAACUAUUCUUUAGUGUGUCGGAUAUUGUAGUAUGACCACAUUUAGACCCCUCUUUGUCUGGGGACCUUGAACAUGAUUAGCUCACAAAUGCAUGGUGUUAUAACAAUCCACUAUAUAGGACUUAUCUUGGUUUGAUCAAUUCGUUCUCUCUAAUGUGGUGGGCUCCUCUUUUCUAUAACACUCUUAGACAUAUGCACAUGAUUUCAAUUCAUUAUAUAAACAUAUUUUUUUGGGGUGGUUUAGAUGGUUUGAAAUACAUGUCAUUUUUACACACUAUAUGUAUUGCACUGCAGUCAGAGAUUGUGACAUUUUCUCCUUCUCUGUCUGUAUUAUGUAGUUGUUCCUGUAUAGACCAUAGUGUGGCUUCUCUCCCCUCAGUGAAAGCAUCUGUUGUUCUGCUCCUGCCCCUGCUCCUGCCCCCCCCAGCUUCCCCCAAUGCAGCCCCCCCGGGGGGAACCAAACAGCCCCUCCUCAAAAAUGACUUGUCUUGUCAAAUCAAACCAAGGAGGACUGCACUGCACAAACUGCUACACUCUGAUAAGCCACCUGUGCCCCUGCUCCAAUGGAACAGAGUUAAAGCUGAAAAGCGUCUAAAGUCGUUUCACUUCCUCCGAAAUCACGCUUCCUGCCUGCCUUGCCGUCGAGGACAAAUCAAUCUGGUGACCCACCCUUUACAGUUUACUGAAUCGCGUUUGACAAGGCCCAUUAAGAUGUGUUAUGAUUGAUGGACAGCAGCAUAGCCUACGGGGUGUGUCACCGGCCGAAGUCCCAAACCACUCUCUAUCUCACAUAAUAAUUACACUUGAAUGCUAGUGAGACAUGAGUGUCAUAACAAAUAGAACAUUUUGUUUGAUAAAUGUUCUCUCAAACUAAUACUAUAUCAUUAAGUAUUUUGGGUGCAGCCAUUACAGGUACUUCAUGAUAUUCCCAUUUGCCCUUGAUAAAAUCCUAAGCAUAACAACUUUGAUAGUAUCUCAUGCGUAAAGUGUCAAUUUGGUUGAAUGAGAUUAUACAUUCAACACCAACCUGAACUCAGUGAAGUUCAGUUAACCCAAUGAAGUGUUACCUAUUAGUUGAAAUGGUCAGCCAUCAUAGAGAUAUGGAUAAUUAGAUUACCCUGAACAAGUUAGUGGUAGCCUAUGAGUUGUGGAAACUGAUCCUACCUAAACUAUGGAAAAAUAAUCUAGAUGAUUGUAUUUAUAUAGCUUAAACUGUGUUUAGUAUCAUCCAUGUAUUAAGCCAGCUGAUUUAUAGAUUGUAUAUUUUCAUCCAAAUAUCUUCUCUCUUCCUGUAUUUAAUUGUAUUGUAUUAUAAUAGUCAUUGCAUUAUUAAACAUUUAUUUAAUUUAUUUGAA